UAUCCUGCCAGUUACCUGCAGAACAAAUUAUAAUGUCUCACAAGCAGCAGCAUGUGCAAGGCCUUGAGGCCCUAGAAGAGAAUGAGGGCCAGCUCUGGGAGGAGAUUCCUGAGGCUAAGGAUGUGGGCACCUCAGAGGAGGUACCUGCUGCUGGGGUUUCCCAGGAAACCUGUUCAUCCUCUGCUCCCAUCCAAGCCACUCUACCAAACAAAGCAAAUGAAGGUUCUGGUGGUGGAGCAGAGGGAGUUCAAAGCACCUCAAAGGCCUACCUAUACUCCAAGUUCUUACUCAACAGCAGUGUACAGAAGAAGGUGACAGAUUUGGUAAAGUUUCUGAGUGUCAAGUAUACAACAAAUAAGCUUGUUACAGAAGAAGAAAUUUUGAAGAAUGUUGUCCAAGAGUAUAAGGACUACUAUGCAUUGAUCUUUAAGCAUGCCUGUGAAUGCAUGGAAGUGGUUUUUGGUAUUGAAGUAAAGGAAGUGGAUGCUUUCCACCACUCUUACGAGCUCCUUAAAAUACUUGACCUCACCUAUGAUGGGCGGCUGAGCGAUGAAGAGGGCAUUCCCAAGACAGGCCUCCUGGUGCUUAUCCUUGGUGUCAUCUUCAUGGAGGGCAACCGUGCCCCAGAGAAGAAGAUCUGGGAGGUGCUGAAUAUGGUUGGUGUAUAUCCUGACCAGCAUGAUUUCAUCUGCGGGAAUCCCAGAAAGUUCAUCACUGAAGAUUUGGUUUUAGAGAAGUACCUGGAAUAUCAGCUUGUACCUGGCAGUGAUCCUCCAUGCUAUGAGUUCCUGUGGGGCCCAAGGGCCCAUGCUGAAACCAGCAAGAUGAAAGUCCUGCAGUUUUUCUCCAAGGUUGCUGGGAGUAACCCCACUUCCUUCACAGCUCUAUAUAAGGAAGCUCUGAAAGAUGAAGAGGAAAGAGCCCGGGCUGUACUUGCACCCAUCACCAAUCCUUCUGCCCUGGACUAUUCAGGAUCUGGGGACAAGCCCAGCAGCUUCUCCCGUCCUGAGUAA